UCGAAGUUCACAGGUGGUUGAUUUUGUAUCGUCGAUUGGAUUUAAUAAGGAUUUCAGCCAGAAUCUUUUCCCUGCAACCUCACCGCCAUGUUGGUUUCGUUGGUUGGCCGUGCCGGCGUUUCGCGUACCGGAUUUCUGGUUUCCCGGAACGGUAAGGACUAUUCCAAGCUUUUCGCAAGUAGCGCCUUGAUUCGCAAACAGCCGGAAGGAAACAGCACCGUCGGAAUCUGGUCGCCAGCAUCUUCCAGAAACCUCCAUUGCUCGCCGGUAAAGCGCGACAUAGAUUCGGCCGCUAAGUUCAUCGGUGCAGGAGCUGCCACCGUUGGUGUCGCUGGAUCGGGCGGUGGCAUUGGAACCGUGUUUGGUUCGCUGAUCAUCGGGUACGCCAGAAAUCCGUCGCUGAAGCAGCAGCUGUUCUCGUAUGCGAUUCUGGGCUUUGCGCUCUCGGAGGCCAUGGGGCUGUUUUGCCUGAUGAUGGCUUUCCUGCUGCUGUUUGCUUUCUAGAAAAAGCAGC